AUAAGCUUCUGCUUCUGCUGUAAGUUGUGUGACCACUUUUUUGUUUUAUAAGCAAACUCUUUAAAAACCCUAGAAAUGCUGAAGUACAGAUUCAAGGGGAUUUGUGUUUGGUUCAAUUUCUUGUUCUUUCGUCUUGCCUUAGUUAAUCCUACAGAGCCAUGUAUAUUGACCUUCUUUUGAUUGGAUUCAAAGCCCUCUCUUCCUCCUCUUUUACCCGUCCCGCUCCGCCUUCUUCUUCUUCUUCUUCUUCUAAUCUUAACUUUCCAGUACUAGCCACCAAUAAUACUGGAGUUGGACCCAGUAGUAACUCUUUUGCUGCUUCUCCUUGCUCCUCCUCCCAUGAUGGAAGAGAAGAUAAAAGGGGUAGUGGGUCGUCUACAUAUAGUUUUGUUUUUGGUUCUGUUCCUUCCCAAUUUGAGGUUGAAAGUGCCAUGGCUGCUCUCCAAAGCAGUUUGAUGCAGUUGAUUUCCUCAUCUGGGCCUGCAUUUAGUCUGUUCCAGCAACUGUUCAACGGCCGUGAUGUAAGGGCAUUGAUUUCUCAUGGAUAUGGAAGGCUUAUUGAUGCUUUUCAUUUGCUGCAAACGGACCCAUCUGUUAAGAGACUGGUGGUUUCAUUAGCAUAUGAUAAAGCUGUCUGGAGUGCUAUCAUGGACAAUGAGGUUGUUCGCAAGCUACGAGCCUCGUACCGUUCAGAUGGAAUAGAGAAGCCUCAGAAAUCCAACGAAGAACCAGACUGCGCAAUGCAGUUCCUGUUGUGGAUAAUGGAAACUAUAAAAGCAAAAAUCGCGGACCUGAUUGAGAAAUUCCAUGCGCUCACCGGUGACGUACUUCAUGCAAUUGACAAGGAACCCAAUCCUGAAAUCAGAGAAACGUUAUUGGAAAAGGUUAGGUCAUCUUUACUUGUGACUAUUGUGAUCAUGUUGAUCAUAGUUUUCGACCGCAUUCAGAGAGCUUGACCAUCAGUAGCUCACACAUCAUGAAGACUGUAAAUCAAUUUCUCUACCUGUUUUAAAGCCUCCUAUGGCACCAUUAUAUAUAUAAUAAACAAAGAAAGAAAAACUGGUUUUUUUUUU